AGGCAAUAGUCCAGAAGACAAUAUCUUUAGUUUCAAUUCAAUCACUCAUGGCAUCAGUUCAAUGUAACAAGCCCACUGAGCAAAACAUUAAUCAUGUUCAAUCCUCCACCGUGAGCAACAAGACUUGCGCUCCAACUAGCCAAAAGGCUGUUGGCAACAAGACCAACACUCCGAUAAGUCAAAAGGCUGUUUGCAACAAGACCAACACUCCGACUAGCCAAAAAACUGUGUCCAACAAGAAUAGCACCCCGACAGUCCAAAAGACAAACAAUGAGAACCAUUCUUUCUCUGAAAAAAUGAGAGAAAUGUCACACAAAAUGUUUCACCGUGAACAUCAUACUCAACAGGGCCAGAAAGCACACAUCCAAAAAGGAGGUCAGCCUGUCUGCCAUGCGUCCUGUGCAACUCAUGGCACUCAUGCUAACCAUACUACAACUAAUGGAAAGAAAAAGAUGGAAGGCCACUGCAUGCCUAUGAGGAAGAACAAACAAGAAAAAUACAAGUUCAGUGACAGCAGCAGCAGCAGUGAUGACAGCGAUAAUGAAAAGUGUGGAAGGAAGAAGAACUAAGAGAGGAGUCCUGCAAAAGAUCAGCUACAAGAAGUGCAAGGAUGAAAGCAACUUGAAUAAGGCAUAUUUCAUCAUUAUUUCUUAUACGUAAAUGGUGGAAUGAUGUGUCAUGUUAGUAAGUGUUUAUCAUUUUGAUUAUGCAAUGAAAAAAUUCAAUGUUGAAUUUUA